UACUUUCAUUUUAGUUCAGCACGCCGAGGCGUCAACAACGUAGAAAGUCUGAUCGGAGCACAAAAUAAAUACGAUGGAGAUAUAUAUAGUAUUUUUUGUGUUUUUGUCAAUCUUAAGCGGAAGCUUGGGCCUAAAUAGCAGACAAGAGAGUAUAAUCGGAGGAUACAGUCAACUGAUUGCAGCUAAGGAGCAGGAGUUGCAAGUGCUGGAAUCACAGAUCAACGAAACUCUUCAAAAGUUGGAUGAAAUCAAGCGAAGAAAUGCAGAUAUCAUGGAGUUGGAUCGACUGAGAAUCGAACUCUCACAAAAAGACGAAAUGCUAAAGGUUUGUGAGGGUAAAUUAAAAGUUCAGGAGGGCAGCUCCACGUUCUGGAAUGCAAUGAAGGAUAUAGUGAAACCUCAGCUGGAGGAAAAGAUAAAAGCUUUCAAUCUUGAAGGAGGAAAAGCCAAUUUAACCUAUGAGGUAACAAUAAACGACGAUGGGAAGGAUAUAACUACUCAGGAGGGCAGCUCAUCACUCUGGAAUGCAAUUAAGGAUACUUUCAAACCGAAAAUUGAAGAAAAAAUAAAUGAUUUGAAUGUAAAUAUAAACUCUACGUGGGAUACAAUCAAAAACAACUGGACGGAUAUUCCUCGUCAGAUAGUAAUUUACUUUAGUGAGAACGAAAAACCGUCAGAUUAAUGGGAAAAAACGAUAAUUAUACACUCUAUUAUUUAUAAGAAAUUUAAAUAAAAAUAUAUAGAUUAGAAAUAAA